CCUGUACUACUUGUUGCUGAAGGACCGGAAGACCCGCUACGUGUGGGUGCGGCUGGUCGCCAAGAAGUCCGACGUGCUGCGGGAGUUCGAGAAGUGGCUGGUGGUAGCUGAGCGGCAGACGAAGAAGUCGGUGCUGAUGCUGCGCUCUGACCGGGGAGGGGAGUUCCUCGGGAAGGAGUUCACCGCCUUCGUGGACGGCAAGGGAAUCGUCCACGACUUGACCUGCCCCUACACACCGCAGCAGAACGGCAUGGCGGAGCGGGAGAUGCGGACGCUGGUGGAGUCGGUGCGGACGAUGCUGCUGCACAUGGGCGUGCAGCACCGCUGGUGGCACCUCGCCCUGCGGCAGGCCGUCAGGGUGCGCAACUGCCUGGAGAGGUCGACGCUGCUGUCGGGGUCGAUUCUGUACCAGCUGCUGACCGGCAAGAAGCCCGAAUUGACGCUGGCCCGUGGGUGGGGCCUUCAUCUUGGUGUGUCGGAGGAGAGCAAGGGCUGGGAGCUCCUCGAUCUCACCGACAACAGGGUGGUCACCACGCCGGACGUGGUGUUCUACGAGACAAUGUCGCUGGAGGUGUGGAAGUCGGAGCACGAGCUGGCGUCGGAGCGGACGCAGGCCAACCUGCCGACGGACACCUCGACAGCGACACUCCCUCUGCUCGCCGAGGUCGGUGAACUUGAUGAUGAGGAUGCCGAGGACGUCCACACUCCUUCCCCUUCUCCAGCUCCUCCUGCCCCACCCCUUGUAGCCGACCUGCAUAAGCUGACAUCGACGUCGGCUAGCGGCGAUGAGGGGAGCAGUGGGGCGUUGCCUGUGGCGCCCGCCAAGAGCAUCGCCGGUGGCCGACGUGACGCCAAGCAAGUCGGCGUGGGAGAGAAGUCGACGCCGACAGGGGAGCAGCAGGCAGAGGAGGUGUAG